AUUAAAGUAUUCGUCAUUUCGUUACAAAAUUAAAGCUAAAAUUAAUUGCAAGCUAAAUAUAAACAAUGUGUAUGUGAAUCCGAAUUCUGUACGCUGUUUCCAGUGUGAAACAAAAGCCAGUAUACGAAAAUAAAAAGCGUCCAUACGUUUGUUUAAUAUACACAAAGUAGUUGGCGCUGUGAGACAACAACAACAACAACAACAAUGGUUGGAAUUAUCGAUGAGGCGCAGCUGUUUUAUCCGUUGGGCACACGCAUCAAAAUAGGAAACAAUUAUGGCACCGUCAAAUACGUGGGCGAGGUUUGCAGUCAGACGGGCACUUGGCUGGGCAUCGAGUGGGACGACGGGAUGCGGGGUAAACACAAUGGCAUUGUCGAUGGCAAGCGUUAUUUCCAGACGCAAUUGCCCACAGCUGGCAGCUUCAUAAGACCUGGCAAGCUGGGACCCUGUGCCACCCUGGAAGAUGAGGCACGGGAGCGUUAUCUAAACUAUGACUCGAGCAAUGUGGAUGCUUCUCACAUACGCGAGGCACAGGCUUCAUUUCAGGCAUCUCUGUUCGAGGUCGUCGGCAUGGACAAAAUUGCACGAAAACAGAGUAAAUUCGAGCAACUCUCGGAAGUUAGUGUGGAUGAGACGCCCGUCAAUGCAGCUGGUUACCUGAAGGAUCUGACGCAGCUGACCACGCUUAAUGUGAGUCAUACGCUGAUUUGGAACUGGGAGAUUGUGGCAAGCAUAACGGAGCAGCUGCCCAAGCUCAACAAUUUAAACUUGAGCUUCAAUCGGCUAGUGGUUCCCACAGAAGCACAAGCCAGCAAACUGGAGCCAGCAUUCCGACAGUUGAAGCACAUUAAUUUGGGUAACUGCGGCUACACCGAUUGGAAGGAUGUCAUGCAGACGGCAUUGCUCUGGCCGGACAUUGCAUCUCUGGGCCUGCAGGAGAAUUCUCUAAGUCAGCUGAGUGUCGUGGACUGUGAUCGGAUCUUUAGAAAACUGCGCGAGCUUGAUUUGAGUUGUACGAAACUAAUGGACUUUGAUCAAGUGUGUAAACUGGGUAACAUCCACACCUUGAGGUUGCUCAAUCUCAUGGAGAACGGCAUUGAGCAGCUGCAGUUGCCGGAAUGUGAGCCACAGUCCAAGCUGAACAUGUUUGUAUCAUUGGAGCAGCUCAAUUUGUUGCAUAAUCCCAUUUGGAAUGAGGCUGAUGCAUUCAAUGAACUGGAUAAAUUGCCGCAAUUAAAGCGCUUGAAUAAAACACCACAUCUGAAGUCGAACUUUGAUGAAAUGGUUUCCAGGGCUGUAGCCAGCAUAGCCGGUUUGCAGUUUGUCAAUAAAGCAAAAGUAACCGCCGAGCAGCGACGUGGUGCGGAGUACGAUAUAUGGAAAAAGUAUGCCCUGGAAUGGCUGCAGGCAAUCAAACUGGGCGCAGAUCCUUUGCGAGAGUUCUACAAGAAACAUCGCACAUAUUUGCUGAUUGUCAAUAAAUAUGGAUCACCGGCUGAUUUUGUACCGCGCACUCAAGACAAACAAUCGAAUCUCAUUAAAAUCCGUAUCCUACAUCAGCAAACUGGCGAGAUUUGGGAAAAGAAGUUGCCCCGUAUGAUAACCGUGCAGACAUUGGAAGGACUGAUCAUGAAACGUUUCCACUUAACUGGAGAUACACCGAGACUCUGCUAUAUUGAUGCCAAGCAUCCCGACUUGGUUGUUCAUCUGGAAAAUAACGCUAAAACGCUCGAUUUCUAUUCGGUACAGGAACAGGACACGGUUUUGGUUCAAUAAUACAAUGCGAUUCCAAUAGGACGCCCUUUAUUUGGUAUUUAAUUGUGGUAUUUUAGCUGUAAACAAAUUUGAAAUUCAAAA